AUGGAGUCCAACUCGGUCUCCAAGAAUAACCCGGCACCUCCGCAGACCCUGACCUUGAGCAGCAAAGCAGAGCGCCGCGUUCCCAAGAGGCGCCAGCUCCGGAGCGCAGCCUUGGGCGCGCCAAGACGGACAGCGCCGACGCGGGGAUCCCCCAGGGGAUCCGCAGCCUCCGAGAGCAGCCCAACCUGCUCCUCGCGCGUGCGCCGCGGGGCCGACCCCGCUCUGCUCCACCGGCACUUCCCCGCGGGAGCUGCAUCGGAGCGGUGCCGGGAAGGUGUCAGGCAGCCCCGGGCACGUGCCAGCUGCCAGUGUGCCCUCCUCGUGGGCCAUUUUCCAAAGGGAAAGCACCCGGGAAAGGGUGACCCCUUCCCCGCUGAAGCAGCGGGGACGUUUUGGCUACAGGAGCUGGAGUUGGCCCCGCUGGGGGAUUGCGACGUUCACGUCAAGAUGCUGGCAGCCCCCAUCAACCCCGCGGACAUCAACAUGAUCCAAGGUAACCCUGCAGCCCGCGGGCGUCCUCGGCGGGCGCGCGCUCCCAACGCGCCCGGCACCAGCGUGGCUCCUCGCACGGGCGACUGCGUCAUCCCCGCGGACGCCGGCCUCGGCGACUCCAUCAUCCAGAACGCCGCCAACAGCGGCGUGGGCCAGGCCGUCAUCCAGAUCGCCAAAGCCUCUGGCAUCAGGACCAUCAACGUGGUCCGAGCCAGACCGGAUCUCCCAAAGCUGGUGGAGAGACUCGUGUCCCUCGGCGCAGACCAUGUCAUCACGGAGGAGAUGCUGAGGAAGCCAGACAUGAAUGACAUAUUUAAGAGCACCCCGAAGCCCCGGCUGGCCCUCAACUGCGUCGGAGGAAAAAGCGCGACCGAGAUGCUGCGGCACCUGCAGCGCGGGGGGACGAUGGUGACGUACGGGGGGAUGGCGAAGCAGCCGGUGACGGUCCCUGUGAGUGCCUUCAUCUUCAAGGACGUGAAGCUCCGCGGGUUCUGGAUGACCCAGUGGAAGAAGGACCAAAUGCACAACAAGGCCGGCCUGCAGAGCAUGAUGCAGAGCCUGUGCGAGCUCGUCCAGCGGGGCCAGCUCGGCGCGCCGGCCUGCACUGAGGUCCCGCUCGAGGACUACCGGGCUGCCCUGGAGGCCUCCAUGAAGCCGUUCACGUCAUCCAAGCAGAUACUCAUCCUGUGACG